AUGUGUUACUAUGGCGGAUACUACAGAGGUCUGAGCUAUGGCUAUGGUGGCCUAGGCUGUGGCUAUGGCUGUGGCUAUGGCUGUGGCUAUGGUGGCUAUGGUUAUGGCUGUUGCCGCCCACUGUGCUGUAGAAGGUACUGGUCCUGUGGCUUCUACUGA